AUGUACUUUCCAAACCUCUGUUACCCUCUGAAUCAUCUUUCUGAUUCCGAUGCCUGUCCAAAGAUUGAUCGCAAACUUUACAGUCUCAAAAAGGAAGUUUCUGCGCAAGACUCUAAGAACCGGAAGACACUUUCCCAGAUUAAAAUUGCAACUCACUUAUGUUUCAUCUGCGUUGUGGUUCUCUUUGAUAUUCGAGAUCUUGUACCUCACAAUGCGAAGCUGGAAAAAGGAGUUGAUGGCUUGUUUGGCAGUUUCGCAAGGCUGGAUUCACGAAUAUCAAGUGUCGGACAAACUGCUGCAAAAAUUGGAGACCAUCUGCAGAUGACGAUCAGAUAUCUAAUGCUCCUCUUGUUUAGCAUUAAAAUUAUUUCAUUGAUUUCUAUCCUGCUAUACUUGAUGGAGUUCAAUAGUAGUCCUGGUGACCUAAUGGAAAUUUCACCUCUAUUUUCUGAUGACAGUCGUGUAGCUGAGGCAGCUUCAAUAGCGAAGAAAUUGAGAUCAUUUGCUGAGGAAGACUUUGGAAGACAAGGCAUGGUCGUCUCUUCAGCUGUAGGGAAUGCAACAGCAAGCCAUGGAUUGGAAGUUGCAGUUGCUAGUUUUCUAGAAUAUUGCAAUAGUAUGUUAAUUUGUUGA